AUGGUUCCUAAGGGCUCCUCAGCGCCAGCGACUGCUCCGAGACUGCAAACAAAUAAGUUGCGCUUUUAUCAUUUCAAUGAUGAUAUGUGUGACGUCGAGAGCUCAAUCAUUUCGCAUAUAGACGCUUCUGGUGAGAAGAAGCGUCAGCUGUUUUGGCGCAAUGUCGUCAAGCAGUUUAAUUUUACAGAUCAAUUGGAGCGAGAACUGCUACUUUCACUAACUGGAGGCAUUUGCUGGAUGCAAAUGCGCAUGCUGCCCAAGGAUUUUAUGCUCCGCCACCGCGAAAUAUAUUAUUUAAUAUCCACUUUCGAGUACGACCACUCGAGCGCUAUCGGACGUGACGUCACUCGCACUUUUAGCAUAUUUGAACGCAGCCACCAACAUCAACUCGCUGCACAUCAGAAUGCACUUUUUCGAGUACUGAACGCCAUUGCAAAGGCUGAAAAUGUUUACUGUCAAGGCAUGAAUUUUAUUGCUGCUCUAUUCCUUGUGGAAGGCUUAUCAGAGGCGGAUGCCUAUGCACUCUUUCUCUACAUCCUAAAAAAGCGUCACCUUGCGGGGAUUUACCAUCGCAGCUCCACUUUUUUGGACAAGUAUCUUCAGCAUUUUGAACAGAUGUUCAUUCAAAAUUUGCCUGAGCUGUACGCUCAUCUGCUCGCACAAGGUUUUGUUGUUUCUAUGUAUGGUGUCGAAUGGUUUACAACACUUUUUUCCCUGUCAACCAAGACUGACCUUGCAUGCGCCAUAUUUGAUCUUUUUUUCGCUGGACUACAUGAUAUUUUUUUACGCGCAGGAUUAGCAAUACUUAAGCUGCUGGAAGCCAAGCUUAUGUGUAUGACAUUUGAAGACUAUUUGCGAGGGUUUAAACAGCUCGUACGCCAGCUUGACCCAUAUGCGGUGAUCCUACAAGCUCUUACAUUUCGACCAAACUCUAAUAUGAAUUGUGAGGACACCAUCUCGCACGUUUCUCGCGAACAUUUUAUCAAGACUUCUGGUGCUGUCGCUCCUUCAUGCAGCUACGCAAGGACGUCAAGCAGCGACAGCAGCUCAGCAGAUAGCGACGACGAAUUGGUCUCGUCGAUUGGUGGAUUUGGCUUGCACCGAACGUUGCCGCCAACGAUGGCAGAUGCCAUUCGUGCAGGAAGAGGGUCUCUUGUGUGCCAGUUGUGGGAGGCGCACGUCGUCUUCCGUGACAACAGCAUUCUUGCUAGUGUCAUUUUGGCAAAUGAGAUUCUUCACUAUGCGAUUUGGCAUGGGCGUGUGUCAAUUGCCUGUCUCGCGAUCGAACGUUGUAAUGCCAACGUUGACAACCGCGAUGACGCUGGUCUGACGCCACUACAUUUUAGUGUCAUACGAAAUCAACCCGACAUCAUACGUCUACUCCUUGUCCACGGAGCUCGUAUGCAGGAAACCAGGAUGCAGAGACUUUCACCGCUGGAGUUAGCACAUCGCUGGAAGCGCCGUGACACGACGGCAGCACGACUUGUGCUAGAGAAAGAUGAGGUAUGUCUGUAUUGCAAUACGAAGUUUGACGUGCUGGCCCUUGAGGCCGCUGUUUGCGGUAAAUGCGAGUUUCGCUUUUGCUGCAAACCAAAGCACAAUCUAUGCAUAUUCAAGCAUCAGUGCUCGAAAGCUGGUACUGGUCGAGAUGAUGGUUGUAAUAAUGAUCGUCGGCUCUCAGAACCAUUGAUGGCGAUGUCGAAUACUCAGGAUGAAGCUUUCGGGAGUGAUAGUGAAGAGGAAUCAGCGCUCGAUUUUAAAAUAGGCUAUGAUCGAUCUAGAGGGUCAAGCACGUCGACUGCAACAUCUACUUCGGCUUCUUGUCGAGUUGGAGGCAGCGCAUCGCUGAGCCGAAGUAUGUCAUUGUCAUCCUCGCUUGACCUUUCGAAUUCUCAAGUGCUCAUUGGCUCAUCGCCUGCGAUGUCGUGGCUUGAUUCACCCCGCUUUGUUGACAAUUAUCCAAAUGCUGCCAAUAUAUCACAGAGCGACAAUACUGGAAUGGUACAUGGUGGCUCAGUACUUCGACCGAAGUGGCAUUCAGAUACACGCGCUUUGCUUGAAUUUCCCGAUAGACCGGAUUGGUACUGCAAUGCCCGCGAGUGUCACUUUGUCUUUGCAAUAUUUUCCCAAGCCGUCAAGUGCGUACGCUGUGAAGGAUACUACUGCUCGAAACAUGUUAAUUGGAGAUUCAAGCACUGCUUCAAGUGUCAACGAGACGUGGUCUGCACCAACAACAAAGAAUGCAAGCAUCUUCUACUGAAUAUCUCAUGA